AAUCCAGCAUCUUUGGACACCCUCUUCUCCUCCUCCCUCUGCCUCCUCCUCUGUAGUCUGUCUGAUACAGACAGUCUCUUGUUUUAAGUCAUGCAGCUGUUCUUCUCUGCACUCCAUCCCUGGGGAUACCCACUUGUCACAGAUAGGCGCUCAGAGUGGUCCUAACAAGAGCAGUGUGGGGUGAGUAGAGAGCCUGAAACAUUCAGGGCUGUGUGGUGAUGCUCUGCAGGAGCAGCCUUUCUGCUCCUCGUUGUGGAUCUUUGGCUUUGGGUUGGGUUUCCUCUCCUGCUUGGUGUAUCUAACACACAAAAAGUUAUCUCCUCCUCUGAAAAGAUAUGGAUAAUAAGUCCUACAAAACUGAAGGAACGUGGCCUCCACCACAAUGUAAGCACACGCUGGAGCGUGAAAAGAAGAAGUGCAAGUAUGCCCCCGGCACAGUGUCUGUGGCCACAGUGAAAAGUGGGCAUCCUAUAACAGUCAUAGAGAUUUCCCCUGAAACCACCGAAGUGAACGACUAUUACUUAUGGUCCAUCUUCAAUUUUGUCUACCUGAACUUCUGCUGCCUGGGCUUCAUUGCACUGGCCUAUUCUCUGAAGGUCAGGGACAAGAAACUGUUGAACGACCUCACUGGAGCUGUAGAAGAUGCUAAGACAGCGCGACUCUUUAAUAUAACCAGCUCAGCACUUGCAACUCUCACUAUAAUUAUUGUGCUUUUGUACCUGCGUUCCCCAGCUCCUGACUACUAGAGCAAUGGUUGUCUGUAUAGACUGUGAGUGAUAUUCUCCUCAGAGCAAGAGAAAGCUCUUUAUCCUAUACUGUAACAGUCAGCUCUGUGCAGUGUAGUUAGACAUAGCGGUAAGCCUCAGUAACCUCCCCUUAUUCUUUAAAAACAUCCACCCAUAAUUCUCCGGAUCUCACUGUGAUGUCAUCAGCACCUCGCCAUAAGGUAGCCUCCAGUUGGCUGAUGGCAAUUAAUAUGCAAAAAAUUACUUGCAGACAAGUUAAUUCUCUUUGAAUCACAGGGGAGGGGACGUCCUAAUCGGAGGCUGGACUGGUCUACGCUCCUCCACUCACGUGCCUCGUUAAAAACAGCCCAGUGUGUGAAUUUAGAGCAUCUCUGUGGCAACUGGUUAUAUCCCCUCCAAUAAAGGACUAAUGUUUUCUACAAGGGUGUGUCUAUGUUGAAAAGUGGCAACAUAUGAUCUGAGUAGGUUAUUGUAUUAGCAAAACCUCUUGUCAGAGCCCUUUGGGUUCAUAUUUUACAUUUAUCUAUCAAGUAAUAUGUGACAUAAUAAUCAUUAAAUAAUUUACCAAAACAUAUGAGAACGAAAAUCCUUAGAUCGUGACCUGCUGAAGCACCACAGGCCUGGAUCUCAGGAAGGCCUGAAAAAUAUGUAGAUUGUACCUUCACCCAUACCAUCACCAAUGGAAAACGUUGAAUGGGUAUAUUCACAUGAGUUUCUUUAGAAAGUGCCUCGCUUUUGUACCCUUAGGUGGACCUGCAAAA